UUACUUCUCCACCCCCGGAUACCGAACAGACACAACAGGAGAGUUUUCAGCGUGUCGCUGUCACUGUAACUUGUGUAGAAGCCGAAUAAAGGCUGAUGAGAACUGCACAAAAAGAAGCCGAAUAAAGGCUGAUGCGAAUUGCACAAAAAGCCAGACCAGGGGACUCAGCAGCACCUGGAUACAAACAGCAUAAAUUCUGCAGAGCCGAGACAGGCAGAUAUUGUAUGCGCUCUUCAGCACCUGAACAAGAGAGUGGCGGAGCUCUGUGCCGCAUCUGAAUAACGCGGAACCGCAGCACAUUAGCGUCUGGAUUACGUUUAGAAGCAGCGCACCUGGGCAACAAGGUGCUUGAGCUCUGCUGCAUCUCAUUGGUCCAUACAAAGGCUUAGUGCUUUUGGCACAUUGGUGAUGUGUGUAGCAGUACAGCACCGAGUGGGAACUGAAUAACAAUGAUAUCGAUUCAGAUUGGAGACUAGAAUAGGUAUACGCACCUCGCUACCAGGAGCAUUAGUGACUACUGCGUUUCUGACAUAAUCUCUCUCCACAAACUGGCUGGACCUCUAUAGGAAACCCGGCUACAUCCGCAGAUGUUCAGAUGAUGGAGCUCAGCCACUCUGAGGUGCCUCUUUAUGGUCAAAUAACUGUAUUUGCAAAGUUUGGUGAAGAUCUUCAUCUCCCUGAAGAUGCUGAAUUUUACUUUAUUUACAAUGGAUCCAUUCAGAGGCACGUCAUGUUUGCAGAGCGUCUCAAUGCAAAUUCGCUACGGUCUAUUUUUCCAGGUCACAAUUGUCCAGAGGGUGUUACAGUGACAGUGUGUAUGUACACUCACGGCUACUCACCGGUCAUCGUGGCUUGUAGUUCUAUAACGUAUGUGAAGGAUAUGCCAUGUAAUAUUGCACAUUUUCUUAAAAGCCAUUGUGACAAACUAACACCAGUGAGUCAUGAAACCAUUCUCAGCCAUUUUGGACUAACAGUUAAGGAUCUUCAAUUAUUGGACCGAAAUAUAAUGCUGUGUGUGGCCCAUGAGGAACUAACUCCUUCCUGGAAUAUUCUUGGCUCAUAUGCUGAAAAAGAGGGCUUUUGCCAUGAGACACUUCUUCAUUUGAGCAUGAGAUGGGGCCUUAUGCAGCUAUCACAUUUCCUUAUGUACCAGCCAGGUGGAAGCGAAGCGCUCAGGACAGUAAAUGGAGAAGGAGACACACCAUUGGAUCUUGCUGCUCGCAAUGGGCACACUCAAUUGGUUGAAAUUUUGAGGAAUUUUCAGGAUACUCCUCCCCUUGAUUUCUGCACAGCGCCAAUCAAAGUCCAUUCCUUUUUACGGUUCUGUCAUUCAUCUGGAGUUGUAACCUUAACAUUUCUUCAGGCUGCUGGACAUUCGCUGGAGUCUGACCUCGAGCUUUUUAGAAAGUGUUUAUGGGACACACACUUCUUAAAAAAGACGAUAAGUUUAAUUCAGGAUCGCGUUCCUCGAAAUCAGAUGCAGUUUCAUGAAGCAAGUGCAAAACAAGAAAAAAGAAACUCAUCAAUAGAUGUCCUCAAAAAACUGAAAAGCCCUCCUACGUUCCUUGCUGCAGCCAGGCUCUCUGCCAUGCUAAAUGGAAGUGACGAAGUGUAUGCCAAUUGUAUGGUGGUUGAUGAAGUGAAUGAUUCAGAUAUAAGCUAUAUUCAUAUGGACAAUGCCAGCACUGACAUUUCACAUACAGACCAGUCUAGCCCAACACCAGAAAGCUCCACUGUAUGUGAAUCUCCUGAUUGCAGUAGAGAAGGUGGUAAUAGCGAGAAUGGUGGCACGGAUGUAUCAUCUUUCAGUUCAUCAUCCAAGUCCUCCUCAGGAGUAGAACACAGACAAUGUAGAACUCUGGGUUACAGUGCGGAUAGAAGCUCUGCUUAUGCUAUCUUCAAGAAGAGAAGUUCCAGCCUUGAUGGGCUUGAUGCAGACAGUGAGGGAGAAGGGACAUAUGUCAGAUACGGUUCUGCAGCAAAUCAGGAGUCAUCUGGCAGACAAGCUAACAGUGGAGAUGAACUCGAGUCCCUGGAAUCAAAUGCUGAUCAAGAUUUCCCCAUCAGAAGUGCAGGGACCUUGCCUCUGUCACAGGGGAAGGAUCCAUUAGCCGGUGGGGUUAGAUUACGCUCCUAUUCAUGUUCCUCACCAAAGCUUUUAUUAGGUAAAGCUCGAGUAACACGUGAACUUUCUGUUGGUGACCCAAAUGAUGAUGGUGUGGUCAACAGUGGUCGAUCACUUCUUCAGGCUCUAUCAUUAUCUAAAUCAGUAUCUCUUCUUCACCCUCGUAAACAAAGAGCUUACAGUCUUCCGGAGCAGUCAAGAGAAAAAAGGAUUGAAGAAGAAGAAUGGGAUAAAUAUAUGAAUCCUACGAAACCCGAAUCUGAAAAAUACAAAGUGAGUCGCACUUUCAGCUUCUUUCGAAACAGAAUGAGCAGCACACGGAAUAAAAACAAGAACAAAACUAAAGACUCUAAAGAGAAGGAGAAGGAGAAGGAAAAAGUGAACAAGCACCAUUUUGUGCCGGGUACAUUCUCUGGAGUUGUGCCAUGUUUAGUGUGUGAGAAAGCCCUCAUGGGGAAGGAGUCGCUGCAGUGUUCUAACUGCAAUGUAAACGUUCACAAAUGUUGCAAGGAUUCCACCCCUGCUUGUACCAAGAAAUUUCAGGAACGGUAUCACACAAAAAACAAGCAGCCAGCAGUAAUUUCAAAUUCAUCAUUUAAGGAAAUUCCACAACCGGCCCCUUGCUCUGUGUCUCCAACAUCUUCUCUACCUCUUGGAUUUUGUUCUAGCAAGAAAGAUGCCAACCAACCUGUUCAUCCAUUAUCCAACUUUGAUAGAUCAGACCAGUCAGUUGAAUCUGAUGGGGACACCAAUGGCUGGAGAUCUAGGUCGCAAUCAGAGGAACUCUUACAAACCAUAGGAACCCCUCCAUCCAUGGACUCUUUCCCAAUAGAAGAUGUUGUAGAUUCACCUUUAUGGAGUGACUGGAGUGAUUUCAGUAAUGACACAUUAGAGUUUGAGGCUGAGUCAUGGAGUCUUGUCGUGGAUUCGUCAUUCUGCAAUAAGCAAGAAAAAGGUGUCAUCAAGAGGCAAGAUGUUAUUUUUGAACUGAUCCAAACUGAACUGCAUCAUAUCCAGACCCUGCUCAUUAUGUCUGAGAUAUUCAGGAAAGGGAUGAAGGAAGAACUUCAGCUGGACCACAGCACUGUAGACAAGAUCUUCCCUUGUCUGGACGAGCUCUUAGAGAUACACAGGCCGUUCUUCUACAGCAUGAAGGAGAGGAAGCAGGAAUCCAUUGAGGGCAAUGAAAGGAAUUUCAUAAUCAACCGAAUUGGAGAUAUUUUAGUUCAGCAGUUUUCCUCAGACAAUGCAAAUAAAAUGAAGCAAAUUUAUGGGGAAUUCUGCAGCCACCACAUAGAAGCAGUGAAUAUGUUUAAAGAGUUACAGCAGAAUAAAAAGUUCCAGAAUUUUAUAAAGGAAAGGAACAGUAAUCUUUUAGCACGGCGCAGAGGGAUCCCUGAGUGUAUUCUUCUUGUUACACAGAGGAUAACUAAAUAUCCAGUCUUGGUUGAAAGGAUACUACAGUAUACAGCAGAGGGAACUGAGGAGCACAAGGACCUAUGCAAAGCCUUGGCUUUAAUCAAGGACGUGAUUGCAGCAGUGGAUUUGCGAGUCAGUGAGUUUGAGAAAGAACAAAAACUGCUCGAGAUCCUAAAUAAGAUUGAAAACAAAACAUACACCAGGAUGAAGAACGGUCAUGAAUUCAGGAAGCAGGAUAUGAAAAGCAAAGGCAGAGCAUUGCUGCACGAAGGUCUGGUCUUCUGGAAAACUGCUACUGGGCGCUUUAAAGAUAUUCAAGCACUUCUAUUAACUGACGUGUUGCUGUUUUUACAAGAAAAAGAUCAAAAAUGUAUUUUUGCUGCUGUGGAUCAAAAACCUCCAGUUAUCUGCCUUCAAAAACUGAUUGUGAGAGAAGUAGCCAAUGAGGAACGAGGGAUGUUUUUGAUAAGUGCUUCAUCUGCCGGUCCUGAAAUGUAUGAAAUUCAUACCAGCACCAAAGAAGAGCGCAAUACCUGGAUGAGACAGAUUCAGGAGGCUGUACAGAGUUGUCCGGAAGAAGAUGAAGGGAAAACCUCUGAGUCUGAUGAAGAUAAACGUGUUGCAGAGGCCAAAGCAGCAAAAGCUCUGAAGUGCCAAGAGGAUCUCACUGUUCAUGACCAACAACUUUGUAAUUAUUUGGAGGAAAAAUUGCAAAUCUAUGCAGAACUGGCAGCACUUAGCGGAGGACACAGUGUAAAUGCAGAACCACAACUUCUCAUCAAGGCUGAUUCUGGUGAAAUCCCACAGGCUACGACAUUGUUAACAGCAGCACUAAAGGAAGCUGAAAAUCUGUACACUAUUCUGACAUCACAAACGGAAAACAUAUCUUGGUUAUCUGAGGAUUAUGGAAAUUCGAGCACCCCAAAAAGAUGUCUUGCAGCCAAUGCGUUUGAUGAAGCAGCAGAGUUGUCAUGCGAUUCUCUGGCUAUAGAAGAUAAAGCAACUCGGCUAAAUAACUGUGAUGCUGACCUAAACAUUUCUCGGAUAGCGAAUGAGGUGGAUGUGUCUUACACUGAAUACAAGAGUGAACCUGUACAUUUUCACAGCAAUAAUCAGGCUGAGGUUCUACAAGCUAUCCAAAAUCUAACCCGGCUAUUGUACAGUAUACAGGCUACUGUAGCCAUGCAAGAUAGCCAGAUUGAAUUCCAUAAAGUACUUCUUCAAGAACAUGAGCUGGGUAUUAAAAAUCUUUGUACCCGCGGGAACCUUCUGCUGGAACAGGAAAAAUACCGCAACUUGGAGAAACACCGGGGAGACUUGGUUAAUUUGCACAAACUUCAGAACCAAUUUCACCAGGAACAGCAGAGAUGGUCUCGGGAGUGUGACCAGAAACACAGGGAAUACGAUGAAAAAGAGAGCGUGCUCCAUCGCAGGGAGGAGGAGUGUGCGGUACACGAGAGCCGACUACUGGAGAGGCGAGGCGAACUGCAUCAGCAACUUCAGGAAUUCCAGCAAAACCUAGACAGGCUAAAGGAAGGUCAGAGACUUGUAGAGAAGGAAAGGGAAGAGUUGUGUGUGCAGCUCCCGGAGAACUGGAAACACACCCGACAAAGCAGCUUGCCAGGGAUAUGUUCCCACAGUAAAGUACAGGGAGGAAGAAACGCUCAGUCCGACAGUUUACAGUGUGGUGAAUCUGCCUAUAUUAACAACGCUUUGGCUCAAAUAACACUAAACAAUUUUACAUCUACUCCAAAUCCAUCAUAUUUGUUUGGUCACAUUAGUAACAGUUCAAAUGUAGCUCACACCACUGAGAACAAUGCAAUGGACAAUUCUAAUGAACCAUGGAACUCCUUAGUAUCGCGCCAAAGACUUGAAAGCUACUCUGCAAUCUCCAGACACAGCAAUAAAGAUGCCUGUAACAAUGACCUCAAUGCAGCCCAUGUCCUUUACUGCGGCACAAUAUUGGCUUCCUCCUCUGGCGGACAUCAUUUAAAUACAGAUGGACCUUUUUUACAACAGUCCAUAGAAACAGUCAACAGUCCAUCCACUGAUCCAUCACAGAGUGCACACAAUGGAACAAUUGAGGAAAAUAUAGUUUACAUAUGAUUGCAGUGUGAAGAACAUAGCAAUGUAUUGUUUGCUGGUUGAACCUGUAUCCAUUCCCCUUGACUUUUACUAAAGACGCCAAUAUUUUAUUUGUCGGAGUUGUCAUUGAUUGGCAAUUUCUUGAAAUGAUUCAUGUGGAUACAAUUUUGAACAUUAAGUCCUUUCAACACAAAGACUAAAAGCCACAUGUGAAGACCAUAGACCAGCACUAUGAACGGUUACCCAGGUUGUUAAUAUUUGUAUUGUUCUUGUUAAAUUGUCCAACUCUUUCUUGAUGUUUGUGAUGCAGUAUUGGUCCUGGUUUAAAAACAAGUAAUUGCAACUAUAAAGAUUAUUUUCUUGCUUUAGUAGAUCAACUAAAAUAUUCACUAUUUUUUCAGUGUCUACCUGAAGAAAUAUUUGGGGUUUGGAAAGCUCUGCAUCUACACUAUGAAGAAUCAUUUUUGUUUCUCUAAAUUAUUAGUUUUUUUUAUUUUCUAAAUCUGUUACAUGGUGUUCCAGUUAAAGUUUAAUGGACUGAACAUAUAAUUAAAUGGGAAAAAAAGCCUUGUGGACACUUUAAGUGCCCUAAUAUUUAUUGUUUUUCUCAACCUUGACACUAAAAUUAUGCUUUGUAUACUUCUUUAUCUGUGUUUGCAUCAAUUAUUCUUUACAGUCAAGUGUAAUAAUUUCAUCAUAUUUUGCAAGAUUUUGAUAUUCAAUCAAAGGUAAUUACAAAGUUGCGCAACUUCUGAAGUAGUAAAUAACACAUUUUGCCCUGACCACACAUUAUGUAAUGUGAAAUGAAUGCUAAACAACACCAUUUUUUUAUUUGUUUGUUUUGCACAUAUGAAACAAAACAAAAAAGCAUGAUGGAUGUCUACCUACAAUAUUACAUAUGAGUAAGUACUCAUGGUUAUAAUGUAGUUGAUUUUUUUGAGUGUAUGUAUAUGUAUGUGUGUGUGUGUGUAUAUAUAUAUAUAUAUAUAUAUAUAGGUAUAUAUGUGUAUAUAUAUAUAUAUAUAUAUAUAUAUAUAUAACAUAUAAUAAAAGGAGAGAAAAAAAAUCCAUCUACUCAAAAUGAUCUGUUGCUCAGUGAGCUGAUUUUUUUUUUGCUGUUCAAUGUAUAUAUGCAUAUAAAUGCUUUUUAUAUCCAUACAUAUAUGUAUAUUUUAAUAGUUCAGCUUCAUGAAAAUCAAAAAUUGAGAAGUAUUUCCACAUUGGUCUGCUAAGUUAGAUUAGCAUUUUGUGCUUCCAGGAUGAAACUGUACAAUGCAUUAUAUAAUUACUGUCAACCCAUGCACUCAUUAAAAGUGCUGAGCUUUAUUUUACUUAUGAAAUAAUAAAUACCAAUUACACUCCAGUUUAUAUUAUAAUGUUCUAUAACUAGGUAGUGUAGAUAUGCAUGCAUUUCACACCCAUUAAAGGGAUAGUAAACCCACAUUUUUUCUUUUAUAAUUCGGAUAGAGCAUGCAAUUUUAAGCAACUUUCUUAUUUACUCCUAUUAUCAAAUUUUCUUCGUUCUCUUGGUAUCUUUAUUUGAAAAAGUAGGAAUAUAAGCUAAGGAGCCGGCCCAUUUUUGGUUUCAGCACCCUGGCUAGCGUUUGUGAUUGGUGGCUACAUAUAGCAAACUAAUAAGCAAGUGCAACCCAGGUCCUGAAUUAAAAAUGGGCCGGCUUUUAAACUUACGUUCCUGCUUUUCAAAUAAAGAAAAAAAUACCUUUAAUAUUACACUCUUUCCUGCACAGGUUUAUUAUCAUAGUGUACAUUUGAGAAGGGACUAGAUGCCAUCUGGCCAAGAGCAAGGGGUUAUUUUUUUAUUGAUUCCAGAGAUUUCAGCCAAGAAAUUAAACAUUAUCUUUUCUUUGUCUCUAACUUUCCAUAAUUUCAUUGUCUUCAUAUUUUCAGAUUCCCCAUUACAAUAUACAAAAACACAUGAAAUACUUUGGUAAAUCUUUCUUUAUUAUCUAUUGUAUGUACAUUAUUUAUACUUUACAUUUUUUCCCCUUUAAUGUGUUUCCAAUUAUCCAUUUUACCUGCUAGAGAGUAUUCAAUUGUUUAGAAAUAAUUUGCCUUUUUUUGUCAUUUGAAAUGGCUGCUUUUGCUUGUUUAGAUCACCACCUAUACUUUAAGCUUUAAUACUGCCUAAUAGCAAUAGUAAAGCUACGUAAUUAAGUGACAGCAGAAGAAAACAAACCCCCAGCGGCGGUGUAUGAGAAAGGGAGUAGCCCAUUUGAAUACAAUUAACUCUUAUCAACUUUUUGCCCAAGUACAUUAUCCCUUUUACGUGUUCAAACCUAGCAAUCCCUCUCAUCUGUAAAAACUGGAUAACAAUAAUCUAUUGUUUCAAAUAAAUAAAUAUAUUCAACAUUACUUUUAUCUCUCUUGCUGGCUAUUAAAAGGACACUCAAGUCAAAAUUAAACUUUCAUUUUUCUCAUUGAGUACACAAUUUUAAAUAACUUUCUAAUUAAUUUACAUUAUCUAAAUGUGCACAAUAUUUUUAUACGCACACUUUCUGAGGCACCAGCUCCUACUGAGCAUGUGCAAGAUUCACAGAAUGGCUGAUGUCUAUCACAUGAUGCAGUAGGAGGGAAAAUAUAACUUUAAAAUUUGUCAGAAAUAAAUCUACUACUCUUUAUUUGAAAUUGUCUUUUUAGUAUGCAUUUACUGAUUAUGCUAUUCUACUGUGUUUAGUUGUCCUUUAAGUAAGAGGUAAGUAAUGCACUGUAAUUAUUUAGAUUUUUUGGUUAAUAUUCUAGCUAAGUAGGGAAUACAAAAAUGAAGAUCUUUCCUCUAGAUUUAUCCUGUAAUCAGAAACCUUGCUAAAUGUAUCUUUUUUUUCCUGACAACCCUUACCAUGAAAGUCAGCGAAAUCUUAAAUUCAAUUUUAACAACUUUUUGUUUCAUUUUCUUAAUUUAGGAGUCUAAAGUUUGUAUGACAAGUGCAAAUACAAUUGAAGUUAAAGGAUAUCCCUGUCUAGUUCUACUUAUUUAAUUAUUUAAUAAUCCCAGACACAUGGAAGCUAAAUUUAUAUUAAGAAUGUAUUUAGGAAGUCCCAGUUGAUUCUAACAUUUUUAGCAUCUGACAUGUUAUUCUUAUACCACUGCAAAGAAAAUUAUAUUAAUUUAUAUUGUCUACCUUUUGCUGCCUUUUAUAUAUUCUUCUUGGUAUAUCAACUUGGGAAUGUACCUUUAUUUUUUAUUUGAUUGCUUACUAUAUAUAGCUUUAAAUGGUUUAUUUAAAAUAUCCAGAUUAGUAAAUGUAUUAGAAAAUGUUGGUGGUUCUGUUGAAGCACAACAUUUUGCUUGCGGGCUAUUCUUCAAUAAGUAACAUUGCAUUAAAAAGGCUACUUAGUAUUGUCUCUGGAUUUUAAGCAGCUGCUGAGUGGCUUGUUUCCUUUAUGGUAAUGUUUUGUUUCCCAAACUUGAUCAUUGAAUUCAUAAUACAGAUUCGUAUAUACUAUAUCUUUAUAACAAUUUCUAUAUACUACUACUAUAUUUAAAAAAAAAAUAUUUCUAAGAACCUCAAAAUUAACAAGCUGACCUCUUAUGAAAAUGUAAAAAGCCAUAAAUUAAUAUUAAAAAAUAUUUUUUAUGCUUUAUUUAAAAAACCUGUUACAUGUCCUUACUUUUUCACUAGUUAAGUAAUCUUCAUUAACGCUCCUUACAUUUGAUUUAAAGGGACAUUAAACAUUUGAUUUAAAGGGACAUUAAACCCAAACAUUUUCUUUCAUGAUUCAUAUGAUUCAUAUUCAUACGUAUGUAAACAGCUUUACAAUUUACUUAUAUUAUUAAUGUUGCUUCAUUUUCUUGGAAUCCUUUCUUGAAGAAGCAACAUUCACAAUAGGCAUAUAUGUGUAGCCUCCAAUAACUAGCUAGCUCCCAUCUCCUGAGCCUAUCUAGGUCUGCUUUUCAACAAAGGAUAAGAAGAGAUCAAAGCAAAAUAGGUAAAAUAAUUACAUUGGAAAGUUGUUUAAAUUUGUGUGCUGUGAAUUAUGAAAGUAAAAUGUUGGGUUUCAUGUCCCUUUAAGUCUUCUUAUCAUACUAAAAUUUUAAUAUUUAUAUCUAGGCUUUUUUCUUCUGAAGUCUGAAUAAUAGUUUAAAAAAAUUUAGGCAAAAAACUAAAAGGUUAAAUAUUUUGCAUUUUUUGUCUUAAUUAUUCUCAGGGAUUAUUUUCUUUUGAUUACAAUUCAGGAAUACAAUUGCCACCAAAAAGUAGAUAACAUUGCAAUACUUCCUCAAAUCUAUUACGUUAGUUGUUUUAGUUUUAAUAGGUUUGCACAUCAUAUAUAGCUUACAGAUCCAUCCAUCUCUCAAUAAAUGGAGUUAUAAAUGAGACUUUAAGCCUCCUUACUUGAAAAUGAAUGUGACUCCUAUUAAAAUAUUUUAUGUAUAAAAUUUAAUUAAAUAUGUUUAUCAAUUUUUUGUAAAUUAUUUUUUAUUUUUUACGUUAAUUAUCGGACAUUCUAAAGCCAUAGUCAGUCAGAUUCUAUUAACUCUCGCAAAACCUACCAUGUUUAUGUUCCAUUAUCUUUACAUAUUCUGUCACUAAUUCUACGCUCUCUGUUUAUGUUGUGUGUGUAUUGUAUAUGAAUAAUUCUUGUAGAUUAUCAUAGUCAUCAGUAAUAACUGUGCUAAAAAUAGUUUUAAGAAACGCCAAAUAGUAUUAAACCAGCAAUGUUUUAUCAAAUGAGAAUACUAUUUUUAUCAAGUCAAUUUUCUGUGAUAUUCUAAUGUCGGCACUCUGAGUUUUUACCAUUUGAAACAUGAUCAAUUUCUAAUUGUUGAUUAGUUUUCAAUGUGCAGUUAGGGUAUUGGUUAUCAUACACAGAUAAUUUUUCACUAUUUUGUUCUUCUUUAAAUAUUUGUCUAUUAAUUUGUAUGUAAAAUUUUAAAAAUGUUGUACGUUCCAGCAAACGUGUAGGACAACAUCUGUAAAAUGUUCUUCAGUAUCAGGUUUGUUUUUGCUCCAAGACAGAUCUUUCUGUAGAUUAAUAGGUGACUGAUUUAUUUUAAAAGUGUGCAAUUGGAAAAAAAAAAGAAACGAAAAAAAAGGUAAUUUUGUUUGCACUUUGAGACAAUUUUGCACUGACCAAAACAUGCUUUAAUGAAAUUUUUUCUUUGUUUACAGUUUUAGAAAUGUGUCCUAAUUCUCUACAUAUAGACACAAAUAUACUCAACUUUACAAUUUAUACAUAGAUUUUAAAAUCAAAUGUAAAAAUUACCCAUGACUGCAGUAACACAAAUAUACCUAAAUGUUUUUUGCCCCCAAGAAUUUCAGUAUAAUGUUGUACUAUAUAAGUAUAUUGGUUUUAUUAAUCCAUAAAUUGUCUUUGUAUUGUUAUAAAAAAGUAAUAUUUUUUCCCAACAUCAAUCUCUUUUAAUGGGACCAGCGAUAAUGUUAUGCUAUAAAGCGUUGAGUAGAUUUUGCAACAUUUAAAGGAAAAACAUAGAAUAUUGAAACCUGUGACACUACAUAUAAAUAUGUUUAAUAACAUUGUCCUUGCUGUAGUUUCCUUUUUAAUACAUUCCGGGCAUCUGAACAUUUAUCAAGUUAUGAUAUCUAUUUGUACUACAAAAAAUAUUUCUUAAACAUCAUUGUUCAAUACCAGUAAAUAAAUACUCAAUAUACCUGUGUAAAGUUGAAAUAUAUUUAAUAAAAUUAUAUUUAUUGAAA